CAGCUGCUCCACACUAGCCUUGCAGAAUCUAUGCUAUGCUUUCUACACUUGCUGCCCUGCUCUGCCUCGAGCUGUGUCUGAGCCAGAGGAUCAGCACCCAGAAGUAUACUUCCUCAAAACCCAUCAUCUGGGCCAAGCCUGAUGUCGUGAUUCCAAGGGGAAUGCCGGUUGUCAUCUGGUGCCAGGGGACUCACGAGACCGUUGAGUACCAGCUGUAUUUCGAGGGACAGCUUUGUGCCUCAGAGAGACCAAAAACACCCGGGAUGACAAACAAAGUCAAGUUCCCCAUCCCGGCCAUGACCUUAAGCAAUGCAGGGCAAUACAAGUGCUUCUAUCGAAGUGGAGAGCUCUGGUCAGGACCUAGUGACCCUCUGGACCUGGUAGUAACAGGAAUGUAUGACACACCCACCCUUUCAGUUCAGCCUGGGCCUGCAGUGAUUUCAGGAGAGAACGUGACCUUCUACUGCCGCCUAGGGACUGCAACAACCACGUUCUUUCUGCUUAAGGAGGGGAGAUCCAGCCGUCCACAGCACAGAUAUGGGAAUGUCCAGGCGGAGUUCCCCCUGGGCCCUGUGACCACAGCCCACAGAGGAACAUACAGAUGUUUUGGUUCUUAUAACAACCAUGUGUGGUCUUUCCCCAGUGAGCCUGUGAAGCUCCAGGUCACAGGAGAUGUCGGGGACCCCAUCCUUGCACCAACAGAGUACACCUCUUCUCCUGACUCUUGGAACCCCUACUUGUUAACCACAGAGAUGCAAUUCCAGAAAGAUCCUGCCCUCUGGAAUCAUGCUGCCCAGAAUCUCCUUCGGAUUAGUCUGGCUUUCCUGGUCCUGGUGGCCCUCAUGUGGCUCCUGGCCGAUGACUGGCUUCACAGAAAGAGGGCUCAAGAAGGAGCCAACAAGUCUUCAAGCCAGGAAGGCAGGAGAAGGCACAGAAUACAAAGGCACCUGGACAAAUGACCAAUGGAUGCAGUGGCCAUAGUGAGAAGAAGGAAAUAUGCAGAAGAAGACAAAAAACAUGGGGAAAAAAAGAGAGAAGAGUCGAGAAUGGCUCACCUAUUUACGGAGUUGACAAUCAGGAAGAUAACAAUACCACAACUAAUAUUGGUAACCCAGAGGGAUGUCCAGCUACGGGUGAUGGGUACAUGGUCUUGAGAUUUGGUAACAUAUGUUCUUCAGCUUUGUCCUUAUUUUUUCAAGAUUGCCUUGAUUAUUCUGGGUGCUUUAGAUUUCAGUAUUAACUUUAGGCUGUCAGUUUUCAGAAAAUACUCGCCUUGGUUGCACAUGAGAUUGUAUUGAAGCUACAGAUCAAUUUAAGGAGAAUUAGCAACUCUUCAACCUUUCAAUCUGUGGGAGUUUCCAACCAUAAAUGUGGUAUAUUUCACCACUUAAUUAUAUGUUCACUAACUUCUCUGAAUAAUAUCUUGUAGUCUUCUAUGCAAAAAAAUGUACAUAUCUUUUGUUAGAUAUCCGCCAGAAAUAUCCUCUAGUUACAUAACCUCCAGAUAGAUCCCUAGUUACCUGAUUUUCAUUUUGUAAGUGGUAUCAUUCUUUAAAUAAUUUUAUUG